AUGCGGCCCGAGGAUCUAAAAUGUGGCUCCAAGAAGGGCAAGCGGAACGCUGUCGAGAGCGGCGCAAAUUUGAGUCUCGAAGAGCUCGUUCGCAACGAGCGCAACGCGCCAGAUAUGGACUCUGUUCAUGCGCAGAACGUCAUGCGGCUGGGGACGCGCUACAAUCACUCAGACGGCAAAGGGGCAAGUGCGAGCGGCCUCGACGAAGAAGACGCGGUCGACAUGCGUCUGUACCGCGAUGCGAAGGACCGUCUCACGGAACGCGCGUUCGUCCAGAGCUCGGAGCGGCAAAUGCUCAAGAGUCGGAUGCAGUGGGACACGGCCAUGCAGCGCUGCUGGUUCUGUAUGAAGAGCGAGAGCUUCAAGAAGCACCUCAUGAUAGCGAUGGGCGAGUAUGCGUACGUGGCGUUGCCGUCGACCGCGACGAUCGUGCCCGGUCAGUGCAUCAUUGCCCCCAUGGAGCACCUCGCGUCGACGACGGCGGCGGACGAAAACACGGUCGCCGAGAUUGAGCGCUUCAAGAAGGCGCUGCGCUCCAUGUGGGCGGCGUUAGGCUCCGCAGUUGUCUUUCUCGAGACGACGAUGGACCCUGCCAAGAAGCGUCACACGGUCAUCGAGUGCGUGCCCGUGCCGCUGCAAUUGGAGCCGGAUGUGCCCAUGUACUUUAAGCAAGGCUUGGUCGAAUGCGACGAAGAGUGGGCGACGCACAAGAAGAUCAUCGACACGACCGGUAAGGGUCUCCAGCGCUCGAUCCCGCCGCAAUUCGCCUACUUUCACGUCGAGUGGUCGAACGGCGGGUACGGCCACAUCAUUGAAGACGCGGCGCAAUUCCCGAAAGACUUUGGAGUGGACAUCCUCUCGGGCAUCCUCGAGGUCGACCCGCGCCGGUAUGGCAAGUACCACGCGUCGUUUGACGCAGAGAAGGACCGCGUCCGCGACUUCCUCGCGACGUGGCAGCCGUUUGACUGGACGCAAGAGCUCGACGGCGGCGAGUACGCGACGUAGGGCUGCGACCAGCGAUAACGUGUCCGCGUCGUGUUAGAAUCGUCUUGACUACUACUCGUACACGGAACGCUCUAUUAUAGUUUGACGUACAAA